CGCCCGACGGCUGCAGCUGCGAUGGUCGACUCGCCAUAGCAACUCUCCGUGUGCGCUUACUGCGCGCCUCCUCUCCUCGUGGCGCGCUGGGCAGGGAGGGACUGAAGGGCCCGGGCCCGCCCAACGGUCGCUCGCAUCCCCCCUGGUGGAGCAGCUCGGCAUGGCCCACGAGGCGGAGGACCCCGCCGUUCCUAUUCCAGCUCCUGGCCGGCUCGCCCGUGGCUGGAUCCGGCGCUAGGAGGCGGCGGCGCCCGCCGGGUCCCUCCGCGUCCCCAUCGCCAGCAUGAACGUAGCGCUCCAGGAUCUUGGCAGCAACAUGGCGGAGUAUAAGCGAGCUAUGUUUCAGGACGACGAAGCGGCAGACACGGCCGGAGACGGAAGCAUCUCUCCUGACAGCGUGGAGGUGGGCUUCAGGAAAAGCGAUGGCCCCCUGCUGGGUCGCCUGGGCUCCCGGACCCAACUCAAGCUGGUGCUCUGUGCCCUCUCUCUCUUCGUGGUGUUGCUGCUGCUGCUGAGUUCGGUCAUUGCCAUGGGCAUCCAGUACAGUAAAGAUCCCUCGCGCACCACUUGCCUGACUGAAGCUUGCAUCAUUGUGGCCGGCAAAAUCUUGGAGGCCCUGGACCGAGAGAUCAACCCCUGCGACGAUUUCUACCAGUACGCAUGUGGGGGCUGGAUCAAGCGGAAUCCACUGCCCGACGGGCGUUCCAAGUGGAGCACCUUCAACAGCAUUUGGGACCAAAACCAGGCCAUCAUGAAACACCUGCUAGAGAAUACAACUUUCAACUCCAGCAGCGAGGCAGAGAGGAAGACCCAGCGCUAUUACUUGUCUUGCCUUAAAGAGCAGAAGAUUGAGGAACUGGGCUCCCAGCCGUUGAUGGAGCUCAUUGAGAAGAUUGGAGGCUGGAACAUCACCGGCCCAUGGAAUCAGAGCAACUUCAUGGAAGUCCUGAAACUGGUAUCGGGAACGUACCGUGCUUCUCCAUUCUUCACCGUUUUUGUGGGUGCUGAUUCCAAGAGCUCCAACAGCAACAUCAUCCAGCUGGACCAGUCAGGACUUUUCUUACCAUCGCGGGAUUACUACCUGAACAAGACAGCCAACGAAAAGGUGCUGGCUGCUUACCUGGACUACAUGGUGGAGCUGGGGAUGCUGCUGGGCGGGGCCAGAGCUUCGACGGAACAGCAGAUGCAGCAGGUGCUGGACCUGGAGACCGAGCUGGCCAACCUCACUGUCCCCCAAGACGAGCGCCGGGACGACGAGAAAAUUUACCACAAGCUGAACAUCGCCGGUCUGCAGAUUCUUGCCCCUGCCAUUGACUGGCUAGACUUCAUCUCCUACUUCCUCUCACCGCUAGAGCUAACCGAGGCCGAGCCUGUGGUGGUUUAUGGCAGGGAAUAUUUGCAGCAGGUGUCCCAGCUUAUCAAUAACACCGACAAAAGCGUCUUGAACAAUUACAUGAUCUGGAACCUGGUUCAGAAGACAGCUUCCAGCCUGGAUCAGCGGUUCGAGGCAGCCCAGGAGAAGCUUUUGGAGACCCUGUAUGGUACCAAGAAGUCCUGCACCCCCCGAUGGCAAACUUGCAUCUCCAACACUGAUGACACUUUGGGCUUUGCCCUGGGGGCUCUGUUCGUAAAAGCCACCUUCGACCGGCACAGCAAGGAGAUUGCAGAGGACAUGAUUGCUGAGAUACGCACUGCUUUUGAGGAAUCGCUGGACCAUCUUGACUGGAUGGAUGAGAAGACGAAACAAGCCGCGAAAGAGAAGGCUGACUCCAUUUACGACAUGAUCGGCUUCCCGGAGUUCAUCCUUGAUGACAAGGAGUUGGACGACGUCUAUGAUGGGUACGAAGUCUCAGAAGACUCCUUCUUUCAGAACAUGUUGAACUUCUACAACUUCUCGGCCAGGUUCAUGGCAGACCAGCUGAGGAAGCCCCCCAACCGGGACCAGUGGAGCAUGACCCCUCAGACGGUCAAUGCUUAUUACCUGCCCACCAAGAACGGCAUCGUCUUUCCUGCGGGAAUCCUGCAAGCUCCUUUCUACGCUCACAACCACCCCAAGGCCCUUAACUUUGGAGGCAUUGGUGUCGUGAUGGGGCACGAGCUCACCCACGCUUUCGACGACCAAGGCCGCGAGUACGACAAAGAAGGGAACCUGCGUCCCUGGUGGCAGAACUCAUCUCUGGAGGCUUUCAAGAACCGGACGGCAUGCAUGACGGAGCAGUACAGCAAGUACCUUGUCAACGGGGAGCAUGUCAAUGGCAAGCAGACCUUGGGCGAGAACAUCGCUGACAACGGGGGGCUCAAGGCAGCGUACAAUGCUUACAAAGUCUGGCUGAAAAAGAAUGGGGAGGAGAAGCGCCUGCCGUCCGUGGACCUCACAAGCCACCAGCUCUUCUUCUUAGGGUUUGCACAGGUCUGGUGUUCGGUGCGUACCCCGGAGAGCUCGCACGAGGGCCUGGUGACCGACCCGCACAGCCCGGACAAGUUCCGCGUCAUCGGCACCCUCAGCAACUCGCCGGACUUUGUAGAGCACUUUGAAUGCCCCGUCGGCUCCCUCAUGAACCCUGGGAAGCACUGCGAAGUGUGGUAGACUGAGAGAGAGAGAGAGAGA